AUGGGCUGCUCACCAUCCAAAGGCAACCAUUUUGGGGUUCUGGGUCCCAUGAGGAAGGGCAGAAUGCUUCCCCCUGCACCUCAAGAAAGCCCCAGAGAUUCCCACUUUGAUGAUGCAGAGAAGCGUUAUUCAAAUGGUUCAACAGAUGUGGAUACAAAGGAGAGAAAGGCAGCUGGACAAACCCAGGUACUUCAGAAAGAAGCUCGUAUAACACCACAAAAAAAGAGAUAUGUGACAGAGCCAGAAGCAGUAAACAUGGAUAAAGCGGGGAGUCAAGGAAUGGACAACAACACAGUUUCACAGAAAAAGGACAAAAAUGUUGACAAGCAGGAUGCAGCAGAAAAAAAGCCUGCCAGGAAACAAAAGAAAAAUACCAGAGGUGUUAAGGGGCUUAAAAAGAAAGACAAGGAAAAACCACCUACAGAACAGAAAGUGGACUUCCCAGAACCUUUGGUAAAAGCUCACCAAGCUGCUUAUGCCUUUUUAAAUCCUAGCAUAAACAAAUAUGAUCUUCUACUAGGACUUUUGGAAGAAGCAACCCAAACUCAGGUUUCUGUGCAGACUAUGGUUGCUUUUAUGGCUCUACGCUACGAGGAAAUAAUUCAGGGUCUUGAGGAGAUGGCAGAUGAGGGAGAACAAGUUUUUAAAGAAAAUGGAGAGCAUCUUUCUUGGCCAAGUCAAAUAAAAAACCUGUCAUCUUCCCCACCUUCAAAGUCUGGUUCUGCUAAUAUUGAGCCCCCACCGGAUUUGUUGCAGCAGCUGCUUCAGUACACCACACAGAGAAUGCAAAAUGUAAGCCAGACUGUUGGCGGUAUUGGGGAGUCUGCUUUGGAGGAGGCAGUGGAAUAUUUUGCAUCUGUCUCAGAGCUUUUAGAGGAGAAACUAAAAGUUAAACGUACAAUAGAGACCAGGCUAAUGCGAGUCUUGUCUCGUAUUGAAAUGGCCUCUCUGCGCAAGCCUGGGCCAGAGGAUUCUGCUCUCUUUAGCGAGGACAGUGGUAUUGGGGCUGAGAGUGAAUCCCUUGCUGGAUCUGAAAGACGCCUUAGACGAGAGAGUUGUGCGUCAUCUGGGACAAAUAGAACGACUCCUGUCAGCCCAAUGGAAUACAGCUCCAUGAACAGUAGGCAAGAAGCAUCCAGGCAAAAGAUUGGAAGUCAAAUAAGUCCAAGUGUUUCCCUCACAUCACUUAACUCACUGGGUUCAGCUUGUACCAUAAUGGCUAAUAACAAUAGAGACUCAUUGCUAGGUUCAGUCUCCUUAGAUUUUGGAGAGGAUGACGACAAUGAUGACGAUCAUGAUGAUGAUGAUGAACAGAUAGGUAGCUGCAUGGUAGAUGUAGGGUUUAGAAAGCGAUCAAAUUCUUCACCUUUAAACCGGGAACAGCUACAACCACGCCGUCUACCCCCAAAGCGAAUAGAGAAUCCUCAAAAUGUCGAAAUGACUCUAAGAAUGAAAAAUGCUAUAAGUGGUAGGAUACAAUUUGUCCCAUCACAGAAUGCUGGUGCCAAAACCAAGGUAGUUGGCAGCCCAAAAACCAGUAGACGCCAGUGGACGGACGAAGAAAGGUCUCCGAGGAGGCCUCAAACCACAGCACCUACUCGGAAGGCAGCGGUAAAAAAGACCCCUGUGUCUAAAGAGCGACGUUCCCAAUCAGAAGAAUCCUUGCGGAGCAAAGCGGAAGAUCCUACUCUGCUUGAACUAGAAAGGACACAGAAGGAUUUAGAUCAGAGGUUGCAAAGAAUGGGUAAAAGCAAGCCAGGAGGAAACAUGAAGACUGCCCCACCGAAACAAAAUCAAGGAACCUCACCAGCACAAUCUCCAGCAAAAAAUCGCAAACAUCCCUCACUACAAAAGAACAGCAAUUCCCAACUAAUUGAUGACAAAGCAGUCCUUACAAGGCGCAACAGUAAAAAACUGGAGGCAGCAAGUGUGGUGGAAGAUGAUAAACUGAAGGACAAGAAAACAUCUAAGGGUCCUAUAAAAGCCACCCCACCCCCUAGCCCUCCUGCAUCACCACGGCCACCUUCAGGCCUCUACAGAGGCAGGAAGUCAGUGAAAAGACUGAUUGAUACCUUCAGUCAAGGAAUAGAGGAUCUAGAAGUUUCUAAAAGUCUUGGGCCUCUCAUAGGAGUAAGGAAGUGUGGCGUUCCUGUGUUACCGGGUUUAGGGAAUGUAGAAGCCGUGCUGAGCACCGGAAUAACCAGCUGUAGACCUGAUUCCAGGUCAUUUGAGAAAAACAAUUAUUUAGAUCUGGAUAGCCUUCCUCCACCUCCACUGGAAGUAUUAAUGGACAAUUCCUUUGAACAUGCCCAGAGUCUUUCAUCUGGUGUAUCAGAUGAAUGCGCUACAAAAGUCGGAAAGUCACCUCUAUUAAAAAGGGUUCCAGUAUCCCAACGACUGAGGGCCUCUGUUCAGUCAGUGCUGCCAAGUAAAGGAGGGCUUCCACAAACUUCCAAGGUAAUUUCAGUUGAUAGACCAGAUCAACCCGAUGCAUCUACUUUGUCAAAGUUCAGCCAGCCAGAUGUCCAAAUGGAAGCAGACCCGGGAAAGGAAAAUGAUUCCUUGUACCAGCAAGAGAAGAAGAUCGUACACCUAAGAAACUCUUCAGACUCAAAAGGAUUGUCAAAAAAUUAUGUAGCAACAAACCUAUCUUCCAGUCAAGAAGAAACAGCCGACAUACAAGAUGGAGGCAACCUUUCAGUGCCUGAAUCUAACACUACAGUGCCUCCUUACACAGUGGUAAGGAACCAACAACCAGCAACACCACCCUUGUCUAGGGGGCGAAUGUUACCCUCCACACCUUCUGCAACAAGCAGUGUACAUCGAAGACUUCCCAGUCCCCAUAACGUCAAAAGACAACCUACUCCACCUUCUUCAGCAAGCCCACCUGUAAACAGGAAACUCUAUACACCACCAUCAUCACAGGGAAGACUUUCCAGCCCUCCUGUAACAAAGCAGAACUUUUUAAAAUCAAAUUCAUCCUCCUCCUACCCUUUCAAAGCACCUUCUCCACCAGCUUCGCCAAAAGUACAAAGAUGGUCAAGGGAGAACAGCAGUGAAGAUUUAACUAGUAGUCGGAUGCUCAGUAAUGCACGUUCAGUCUUCGGCCCUUCAUCCCCAUCCCUGUUUGAGGCCCAGCCUUGUCCAGUUCCUCAUCCCCCUCAAGCGUGGACCUCUACAAGGGUUUCUUUUCUCUCACGUUCUUUUGAGAAUCGUGGGAGGUUUCCUGUGUCUGCUCAAGGACCUCGAUCCUUUAUCCGACGUAGCCAUUCGGACCGAAGGCCAAGUCUGAAUCAGCCACCAAGAUUCCCAGGCAUCUUGGUGGCUGAGACUUGUGGGAGUGAGCCAUCAUUAAACUCACAGGGGCUGGACGAUGAACUAACCAGAUAUGAAGAACAAUGGGGGAGCCAAUCAAACCUAAGAACUACACUACGCUCUGCAUCACACCCGGACCUGUGUGUUGUUGGACAGGCCUUGCACAUAGACUAA